AUGGGCAUCCACUCCAUCUGCAACGCCCUCUCCCACCUCCAAAACGCAUCCCGCGCCAAGCUAGGCCUCACCUCGAUCCCCAACACAAAGUACAACCUCCGCUUCGCCCUCGCCCUCCACCGCGCGGGCUUCAUCUCCUCCGUCACCCGCGCCGGCCUCACCCCCCCUCCCCCCGAAGCCCUUCUGACCUUCGAAACCGAACCCGUCACCUCGGCCAACGUCUCCACCCGUCGUCUGUGGCUGGGGCUCAAGUACUUCAACAACAAGCCCGUCAUGUCCAACCUCCAGGCCGUGUCCAAGCCAAAGAGGCCGGUGACUGCGGAUUACAAGGAGCUGUCCAAGAUUGCGAGGGGGUUCCAGGCGGGGCAUAUCAAGGGGCUCAACCUGGGGGAGACGUUGUUUUUGUGCACGGAUAAGGGGGUGUUGGAGUUGAGGGAGGCGUUGGAGAAGAGGGUGGGGGGUCUGGUUCUGGCGAGGGUUUCGUAG